AUGAAGGACGAAGAGGAGACUCUAAGCUACAUAGACUCUGGGAUAAACGGUAUAGAGGAGGAGGUCAGCAGUCUUAUGGACGAGUCGAUAACGAGCAACCCUUCUCAAGAAAGAGAGAUGAGAGGUAUGAUAGGAGACUUUGAGUACAUAGAGAACAAAUGGAUAGGAAACUACAGGUUUGUGAGGCAGUUGGGUACUGGGAGCAGCAGUAAGGUUGUACUUGGAUGCGAUGUGCAUAGCGGAGAAAAAGUGGCAAUAAAAAUAAUUCCUAGAAGAACGAACGGCGAGGAAACGAGCGGAGUGGAGAUGAGGUGUGACCAAAGGAUCUUCAGGGAAGUGAUUAUAUCAUCUGUGGUGAACCAUCCACACAUUGUGCGGCUGAAGAACUUUCUGUACAGCCCUACACACUACUUCUUGAUAUUCGAAUAUGUGAAGGGAAAACAGUUGUACGACAUCAUCAUCAGCAACGGGCCAUUAAAAGAGAAGGAGGGGCAACGAUACUUCAGACAGUUGCUUUCUGCGAUUGACUACAUUCACAAGAACUCGAUUGUGCAUAGAGACUUGAAGAUAGAAAACAUAUUGAUUGACGAGAACGACAAUGUUAAGCUGAUCGACUUUGGACUGUCCAACUUUUAUGAUAACAAGACUUUAUUGAACACGUUCUGUGGAAGCCUUUACUUUGCGGCGCCCGAGCUGCUUCAGGGCCAGAGAUACUGCGGGCCUGAGAUAGAUGUAUGGAGCCUUGGGGUUGUUUUGUAUGCGAUUCUGUGCGGGUGUGUUCCGUUUGAUGAUGAGAAUGUCCAAGGACUUCAAGCAAAGAUAAAGGAUGCAGAAUUCAAGUUCUGCAGGACCAUUUCAAAGGAGGCGCAGGAGCUGAUCAAGGGAAUGAUUGUUGCACAGCCAUCGUUGAGGAUGGGGCUUGACCAGGUGAUUGGAAGCGAGUGGGUCAACAGUGGGCAGAAGAGCAGGAUUAACAGCUACACAUCAAAGAGAUAUCCAAUAAUGAAGAUUAACGAGAAAUACAUAAAGUCGAUAUCAAGGGCAAUCCGAUUCCAGUUUCCAAACAUGGAGAGAGAGAUAAGAAGGUUCCAUAGGAUAUGCAAGGAGGAGAUAGGCACUCUGGAGCAGAUUUAUUGGUCCAGAAGGCCUGUUGUGUCACUUUACUAUCUUGUUUGCGAGAACCUUGGAGAUGAAGGGGAGAAUGAGGUUUAUGACGAAGAGGAUGAGGAGUUAUCUCACGAACUCCCUGAGGCGAUCUACGACUUUGUGAGGUUUAUAUUUUCGAAGGAGAAGGUCCAGGUGCCGAGGCAUGUUAAGAAGGAAGUCUUUCUGACCUCUACAAGCCAGGACUCUCUUUGCAGCCUGAAGGGAAAGGAUGGGGGGCUUCCCCGAGUCAGGCAGACAUACCUGAAAGGGUUUUUCAAGGGGAUAAGGGUAAAGCAUAUUGGGAGCCAUAAUGCACUUAAAAAGAUACUCCUCGACAUAUUCAACUCAAAUAAUAUUAUCUACGAGAUCACGGAGAAGAGCUACUUCUGUUCUGCAUACUACGAGGACCUGGAGUGCCUCUUCAAGGUGUCUAUGUAUUUCAAUGUUCUUCUCAAUGAAUAUUACUUGACGGUGACGCCUCUGAACAGCGAGAGGAAGCUCUUCAGGAAUGUGUAUGAAUGGAUUUCUUGUGGUUUAAAGAACAGAGCAUGA